AUGCCAACAAGUGUAGCAGGAUCUGUAAGAUCUAAGGCUUCAAGGGCCUCCCUAAGGAGCCGAGGCAGCAAGAAAUCCUACGUUGAUGAAUCUCUCUUUGGGUCUCAAAAACAAAGACCAGCAACAACGGCUGCUCCUGCAGGAGCAGCCUUUGUGUCUGCUGCCGAACUUCGAAGGAUUCGUGGCCAAGCUGAGAAAGGACUAAAGCCAGAUGCUGUAAUUAUUCCCAAGACAGAGCUUGAUAGAAUCCGUGGCUCAACUAAAAUUGUGACUAAUGAAGAGGCUAAAUUGACAAAGAAAGUUCUCGAUGAGCAAAAGGGUCAACAGAGAGCUGCCGCCAACGCCAGGAAGAAGAGAAUGCAAGUGUUAGACCAAGAGAGGGCUGCCAAGCUGCCUCCAACUGACUUCCAGCGAGAAGCCACUCAGAAGAAGCAAGGGCUUUUGAGCAAAGCUCAGAAUGCUCUUGAUGAGGAGAAGGAUGAUGUAAAGCACAUGAACCAGAUGUGCCUUUAUUCGAAAUGUGUCACUAUUCGGGAUAAACAACUUGAGGAACAGAAUCGUCUCGAAGCUGAGUAUCGUGACGAAGAGCGAAGACUUGACUUAAUGAUGGAGAUCGAGCGUCUCAAGAACCUCAAGCACCAAGAUGAGCUUGAACAGAAGCGUAAACAGGCUCUGAAGCAAGGCUCAGUUGUAAUCAUUGAUCAGAUCAAGGAGCGAGAACUCGAGCGUAUCCGCGAGCAGGAAAUGCGCGAGAAAGAGAAGCAGCUCAUCCUUGACCAGAUCGAGCAGCUCAAGGAAGAAGAGCGUAGAGAGCUAGAAGAGAAGCGUGAGACUGCUAAACGGAUGAUGCAUGAGGUCGAGGCCGCCAACCAAGAUGCCAUCACUACUAAAGAGAAGAAGAAGCUGGAGGAGAAAGAGCUUGAAGCUAAAAUCGUGGAAGAAGAGGAACAAGAGGCUGAAAAGAGAAGAAUCCAAGAAGAAAAAGAACGUGAAGUCCAAAGAUUAAGAGACCUCCAGGAGAAAGCUCAAGACCGACAAUCUGAGAUCGAUGCCCUUCGUGCCAAAAGAGCAUUUGAACAACAAGAACGUGCUGAGAGGGAGAAGGAACGUAAGGAAAAAGAGAAGCAGCUCAAAAUCCAGCGAGAGCUCGAGGAAGCCAGGCUCUCUCAGUUCACAGAGAAGGAAAGGAGGCUGGCUGAACAAGCCAAGCAAGAGAGAUCAGAAUAUUCUAGAAUUAUCUCGACACAGAAGGAAGAGGAAAUGAGAGAAGCCAUGAUCGAUGAAGAGAAAAGGAAAAUCCUUCGAGAACAUGCCAACAAGCUGAGAUCUCAGAUUACUCAGAAUGAAGAGGUCAAGAAGCAAGAAAGACUUGAUUAUCUCGAAGAAGGCAGGAAGGUCAGGCAGAGCCAGGCUGAAGAGAGAGCCAGACUCGAGAUGAUCAAGAAGAAGAAGCUUAAUGACCUCAAGAAUUUGGGGAUCUCAGAUAAGUAUACAUCAGAUUUGUCAAAGAAAAAGAUUCAGUAA